AUGUGUAUUGGAUCUCCAAUAUUGCUUACUAUCAAAGAUUUAGACAGUUAAGAAGACUUGUGCAAGAAGGGAGUAAAUUAAAUUGCAACUUAUUCAUAUUAUGGAUUUGCUGUUAUAACUCUUAUAUUUGAGUCUCUCUUAUACAAAUAAAUAGUGGCAUUAAUCCCUUCACAUGUCUCUAAAUUGAUAGAUAUCGAUGAAAACACUUAAGACAAUUAGGAUGCAUAGAAAUAAUCCAUUUUGGGAUUCAUUUAGCAAAAUAGAGUGACUCCAUUAGAUGAAUAACAUCAUUUAAAAGAGAAUGGUGAAAAUAGCAAGGAUUAUUUGACAAAGUUUAACAGCAACAUAAAAGAAUUUGUGAAUUCAUCUUAUGCUUAGAGUAUUCAAUUUUUGAUUACUCUCACCCUAUCUCAACUCUCAAAAUAUGAUCUAUACAAUGAUGUAGUUUUUAUCAUCAACUGUUUUAAUUGUAAACAAGAUUCUCUAUAUUACGCUGCUUUAAUUAUUACAGUAUUUAAUUUAGCCAUUUAUCUAAUAUAUUUCAUUGAAGUACUAAUUCGAAGAAUCCAGAGAAUUAAAUUACAAACCAAAUAUUUAUCUACUUAGACAAUUAAUGACUUUUUUGAUCUUUGCACUGUUGGAAGAAAUGCUGCUUUAGCUUAAAUCCUAGAUAUGGUGGCCCCGUAUAAUGUUAGCGUAUUUCCAAAUAGAUGGAUAAUUAGAAAAUUGAUACCAAAUGCUGCUGGUAAAAGUUUGAAUAAAUCAAUAAAAAAUUACCUCAUCAAAUUUAUAUUUGAAGAUGUUCCUUAGUUGACUUUGUAAUUGACUUUUAUCUAUAAAAUGACAAUAUCAAAAUAACUUACUCUAGGUUGGUCCAUUUACAUUACUUUAGGCACUUCGAUAGUCACCAUAAUCAUUUCCUUUUUUAAAUUUAUGAAGUUGAGACCUUCAACCAUCUCUUAAACCGACUUUGAUAAACUAGAAAGAACCAAUUAUCAGAUAUAUGAUUAUAAAAUUGCCCAUUUGUCAAAUGAGAUGAAAAUGCUAUAAAAAUAUGAUGCAUUUUCUGCUUCAGAAAGAAAUGUUGAAUAAAGCCUAAUUAUAAAGAAAAAUGAUUCUGAUAGCAUGGUAUGA